UACACCACUACGUAGAAGAAGAAAGUAGCUGCGGUUGUGAGCCGAAGAAGAAGAGCCGCAGUACUGUCAUGUAAGCACAGCGUGAUGACCAAGGUUAACCAUCUUCAUCUACUGAACUAAACUAUGAACAUUUUGUGACAGAAACGGAGCGUCUUCUAAUUCCAAUCGUGAUGAGUGCCCCGUCUUUUUUGGCCUUCGCUGUCCGGAACCUCACCCGACUGUGUCCCGGUGGCCGUCUGCACUGCAGUGGGCUGAUGGCCCCUAGUUCCACCACAAGAAGAAAUAUGUCUUCCAAAAGAAAAAUGGACCAUUUGGACAGGACAGCGAGCAACUCCAGACAAAAUGCCGUGUAUCCAGGGAGAAUAUGUGGAAUCGUAAACGAGUCGGAGAUGGUAAAACGCCUGAGGAUCGCUGUCCAUCCGAGCUUCAGCUUCAAGGCAGGACAGUGGGUGGAUUUCUUCAUCCCUGGAGUGGAGACAGUGGGAGGUUUCUCCAUGUGCUCCUGCCCAGGUUUGCUGCAGAGGGAGGGAGUCAUUGAGCUGGCAGUGAAGUCCACCACACACCCACCGGCAAACUGGAUCCACACGGCCUGUGCAGUAGGUUCCGAGGUGGACAUGCGCGUCGGUGGAGACUUCUUCUUCGACCCGUCACCUUCUGACCCGCCCGUGGAUCUGCUGCUGGUGGCCGGCGGCGUGGGGAUCAACCCGCUGUACUCCAUCCUGCUGCACACUGCAGAUCUGCUGCGCCUCCAACAAACCUCCUCUGGUCAGGACUCCAACGUCAGCUCGGUUCACCUGUGCUACAGCGCCAAGAACAGCCAGGAGCUGCUCUUCAAGAGCUCCAUCACCGAGGUGUGUCAGCAGUUCCCCGACAAAGUCUCCUGCGACUUCCACGUCACACAAGUGAACACAGAUGUGGACCCACAGCUCCAGUCAUCCAUCAACCGCGGCCGGGUCACAGAGGAGGAGUUGCGGACACAUGUUCACCCGGAGAGGACUUUGUGUUACCUGUGCGGACCCCCGCCCAUGAUCGAAGCCAUCUCUAAAACCCUCUUGAACCUGGGUCUCCCUAAAGACAGGAUCCUGUUUGAGAAGUGGUGGUAGAGUAAACCACCCAGAACCAAAGCCGGGUUCUCCUCGGAGCUCCUGAGUGGGAGGCAGAGCGGGUGUGUCCUGAAAGGAGAGCAGCUGAAAUAUUCCAGUGAUGCCGACUAAUGUGAGUUGUUUUGGUUUUUUUUGAGUGCUUCAGCAGCUAAGGAAGUUCCAUCCUCCGGUUCGUGAUAUGAUGUGUGCCUGACCUCUGUGAC